AUGCGCAGCACCCCGCUCGGCGUUUGGCGACGUGUACCCGGUGCGUGGAGGCGUGAAGGCUUCUCUCCUCGGCUGGGUAACAAGCCGCCGUUAAGACCGAAAAAGCCUUAGAAGUGCAAAACCAUGGGAGGUGCGCAGAGUGUGGAGAUACCCGGCGGAGGCUCCGAGGGCUACCACGUCCUCCGGGUUCAGGAGAACUCGCCAGGACACCGCGCAGGACUGGAGCCUUUCUUUGAUUUUAUUGUCUCCAUCAACAACACCAGACUGAACAAGGACAAUGACACCUUAAAAGACUUGCUGAAAGCCAGUGUUGAGAAACCACUCAAGAUGCUGGUUUACUCCUCCAAGACCCUGGAGCUGCGGGAGUCUACAGUCACCCCCAGCAACCUGUGGGGGGGGCAGGGCUUGCUGGGCGUCUCUAUUCGUUUCUGUAGCUUCGAAGGAGCCAAUGAGAAUGUUUGGCACGUGCUGGAAGUAGAGCCUAAUUCCCCAGCGACCCUCGCUGGCUUACGGCCGCACACAGACUACAUCAUUGGAGCCGACACCGUUAUGAAUGAGUCUGAGGACCUGUUCUCGUUAAUAGAAAGCCAUGAGGGGAAAGGACUGAAGCUCUACGUGUACAACACUGACACAGACAACUGCAGAGAAGUGAUCAUCACACCUAACAGUGCCUGGGGAGGAGAGGGGAGCCUCGGAUGUGGGAUUGGCUACGGAUACCUGCACAGGAUUCCCACCAGGCCCUUUGAGGAGGGGAAGAAGAUCAGCUUCCCUGGAAACUCUCCCAGUGAGCCCGUCAGUCCGCUGAAGGAUGGAUUCACUGAGGUCCAACUCUCUGCAGUGAGUCCUUCCGCUACCGGACCUGCCGUCCCUGCUGGCCUUGAAGAUUCAUUGUCUAGCCUGUCAAUCAGCUCGGCCCCGCCCAUCAUGCCCAGGGAGCUGCAGACAGGUUUGCCCACUGUCCCUCUGCUCCCGUCCACCAGCCACGCCCUCAGCCCACUCACUCCACAGAAUCCUGCCCCCACCGGCUUCCACCCCGGGUCCACGCUACCAGGUCUGCUGCCCCUCCCAGGUGGCUUGCCUCCGCUUCCCAACUUGCCCAACCUCAACCUGCCACUCCCAGACCUCAGCGCCAUGUCACUAGCAGGCGGCGGCGCCUUAGGAUCAACAGGAAGUGCAGUACCCUCUCUGGCAGCGUUCCCACCCCUCAACUUCCCAGGUCUGGCCCCCUUACCCCUUCUACCUACCAUGCUGCCCUCCCAGCUGCCGCCUCUCCUCCCCCAGGGGGGGGUCCCCCUCCUGCCCGGCUCAACCUCCGCCCCCACAGCCUCGGUCACGGCGGCGUCUACGGCCGCGCCCGCCGUUGACCCCACAGUCCCCACGGAAUCGGCGGCCUCGACGGAAACCACGUCAACGUCGUAAUAUGUCAACGCAGGUUCCACUUGCCAUGAAACCAAAACACGUACCCCCCCCCCCCCCGUCUUUCUCUGUGUUUUUCUAUUUAUUUGGCCAAGAGAGACAGCAGCACCCGUUGAACCCCAGGUCGGUGUCCAGGUAUGAGUGGGGAAGCUUAUUUGGAGUGAUGCAAUAGAAGUGCAUAUGAAGCUUGGCGGGCGGUUGUAAACCCGUCAGACCAACGCGUGUUUGUUAGUCAUCGUCAUGGAGAUGGUUCAAGCCGCUGUAUGAGGACGGUGGAGGCCACUCGGCUUGUAGUUUGCUUCACACUUCUGCAGUUACAACAAGGUUUGUCCCCUUUCAGAUUUGGCGAGCAUCUCUGUUUCACACUUUUUAUUAUAACAUAUAUGUAUGUAAACAUUAUAAAACAGUUUAUGUUAAUGGGGCGGAAUGAUGAAUAUCAGAAGUUGGCUUACGAGAGAAUAUACAUCAUGGAGUGAUUUUUUAAAACAUAAAUAAUUGAAUUAAACUAAAAUAUCAAUUCAUCAUGUUACCCACUUUUGGUCUUAUAGUCCUGCCCCAACAAUUAACCUUUUAUUAUUAGUUAAUAGAAUCUGACCAGUCGAUACUAUGGAUUGACCUGUAUGCAUUAUGAAUGAAUCUGCAUUGUUUUGCACCACAUUUGUGUUUGAAAAUGAUUAGUUUGUCCCAUUUGUAUGUCUCCAUGUAUAAAGAACUCUGUAACAGCCUGAAGGCCACGCCACAGGGGACCGUCACAGCAGCUACUGGGUGCAGUGAAUGCUGGGUGCUGCUGGGUGGGACGUGGGCGCGGGGUAUUAAUAUUUCCAUAUUGCGUCUCCUGCUGGUCGGCUGGAGCAAAGAUGUUGGGCAUAGUUGCAGUGGCGCAGUACAACCACAAGGGUUCACUGUAAAAUAACUUUCUGAAGAUCUACACUGCAAGCAAUAAAGCCAAAUUCAUUUUA